GUCUCCGCCUACAGCCUCUCAGAUUUGUUUGGUAAUAGCCUCUUGUAUAAUCGCUGCUUAACUGAAAAUCGAUUUUUGUGUGAAGAAAACAAACACGGCUGUUAUUUAAGUGAGCGCAGACUGGACAUCGGUCCUUUCAGUCGGCGACAACACCCGGGGCCAACAUGGUGGUCAUAUUGCGCUGUUGCCCGCUAAUCCAGUGGCUGUCCCUGGCCGUUUUGCUGGGCUCGGUUGUCGGACUCGGUGAGGACCUCGACCGGCCUCUCUUAGGGCCCCCCGGCUCUUCUAUCCGGGUCCACGAGUCCGACCCGGGUCUUAAGAAGGCUCUGGCCUUUGCAGAGGAGCGAUACAACCGGGUCUCCAAUGCGAUGCAUCUCCGCAGAGUCAGCCGGGUCAUCUCUGCCAACAAACAGCUGGUUAAAGGGAUCCGUUACACUUUAACAGUGGAGCUGAGUAACACUCAAUGUAAGAAGUCCACCAUGCUCAGGACAUGUGACUUCUAUCCCGAGUUAAAUCAACUCAAGACAGAAGUCUGCGUCUUCGAGGUGUGGGACAUCCCUUGGCAGGGGGCGUCAACCUUGCUCAAACAGAAGUGCCAGCCCAAAGUUGAAUUUGAAGUAGAAGAGAGCAACAAGGUAGAGGAUCCAUCCACCAGCCAGCCUCUGGAGGAGUCGGUGGAGCUGCUGGGCCGGUUUAAAGAGUUCAUGACUAAGUACAAUAAAGUCUACAGCAGUCAGGAGGAAGUGGACCGCCGUUUGCGCAUCUUCCACGAGAACCUGAAGACUGCUGAGAAGCUCCAGGCUUUGGAUCAAGGUUCAGCUGAGUAUGGAGUCACCAAGUUCAGCGACCUCACCGAGGAGGAGUUUCGCUCUACAUACUUAAACCCACUGCUGAGUCAAUGGACUCUCCAUCAACCAAUGAAACCAGCUACUCCCGCCAAAGGCCCCUCGCCUGACAGCUGGGAUUGGAGGGAUCAUGGAGCUGUCAGUCCUGUUAAGAACCAGGGAAUGUGUGGAUCUUGCUGGGCAUUUUCUGUCAUAGGCAACAUUGAAGGCCAGUGGUUCCUGAAAAAUGGAACGUUGCUGUCACUUUCCGAACAAGAGCUGGUUGACUGUGACGGGCUGGACCAAGCGUGCAGAGGCGGGCUUCCAUCAAAUGCUUAUGAAGCUAUUGAGAAGCUGGGGGGUCUGGAGACUGAAAGUGACUACUCCUACACCGGGCACAAGCAGAGGUGUGACUUCACCACCGGGAAGGUGGCCGCCUACAUCAACAGCUCCGUGGAGCUGCCCAAAGAGGAGAAGGAGAUUGCUGCUUGGCUGGCUGAGAAUGGGCCAGUCUCUGUUGCUCUGAAUGCUUUUGCAAUGCAGUUUUACAGGAAGGGCAUAUCUCACCCUCUGAAGAUUUUCUGCAACCCCUGGAUGAUCGACCACGCUGUGCUGUUGGUGGGAUACGGAGAACGUAAAGGUAUUCCCUUCUGGGCCAUCAAAAACAGCUGGGGGGAGGAUUAUGGAGAGCAGGGUUACUACAACCUCUACAGGGGCUCCAAUGCAUGUGGGAUCAACAAGAUGUGCUCAUCUGCUGUAGUCAACUGAACCCCUAACACACACACACACACACACACCAUCACUUAUCCAGAAUGCACAAGAGCUCAACACGCACACAUGUGAAGUCCUGCUGAUGUUUCUUCUCCGUUAGACCAAACCAGUGUUUUACCAGCUCUAAUAAAGCUAGCUUUGAUGUGAUACUGAAACUUUCCAGUAAUUUUAAAUCAAGAUUACAUCUGCUUUUUCUGUUAGUCCUGAAGCUUGGUUAAAAUAAUUAAUGUGUUUAAGGUAACAGCUUAUAAGUCAUCUUUACUUACAGUAACAGAGCCCAUGCUCAUAGUGGUGAGCUGAUGGUAUGUGCUUCAAAGAGGUUUUGAAAAACAAGGCUUUGAUUCUGAAGUGAUUUACUGCACAAACUCAGUUUAGUGCAAUGUAAUUGCAAUAAUAGCUGUAUAACAGUGAGAAAUGAAUGAUGGGAGUUGAAUUAAAAAAAAAGUGUGAAAUCUA